AAAGAACCACAUUAACCUACCAAACCAAAAUACAUAAAACCAGCACUAAUAUCCCUUCUUUGUGUCAAUUAAAAACCAAUGUUCUCAUCUUUUAUUUUCUCUUUCUAACUAAAACCUCAGAUUAUAAAAGUUGCACCUACAAUUCAUUUAAUUAAUUUCGAAACCACAACCAUCUGUCCACUCUACAAUAACAACAAAGUAGUAGUAGCAAUUUAUUCAGCUGGAUUUUCUUAUUCCGUGUGGCUCUCACGCUUAGAAGCUAAAUUGUGAGGAGUACAAGAGAAGGGCGUGAAAUGAAAGAGGGCCUACCAGCAAUCGAGUAACACGUUUCUCUACCGCUAAUAUCUCACAUCCUUAUCCUCUUUCUGACUAUUCCCAUUUCCCCCCCACCCCCUUUUGUCUCCUCUCUUUCUCUAUCUAAAUCUAUUCCUUCAUCUAUCUAGCUUAUUAUCUUUUCUUAUUCCAUCCAUUUAGUAUAUUUCUUCUGCUUCUUCUUCUUUCUUUUACUUCCCUUUUGCAAGUUGCUAUCUUUAUUUAUCCUUAGGGUUGGUUUUCUCUAUCCUUAUCUUUUCUUUUCUUUUUUGAAACCCUCGACUCAUCGCCGUGCUCAAAGGUUGUACCUUUUUAACGAUUGAAUCGGGGGUUGUAUCUUUUUUGUUUUGUUUUUUGUUGCUUGUUAUUAUGGCUUUGGUGGCGGCUUUGCUUGAGAUUUUAGAAAGACCUAGUUUUUGGGAGGUAUUAUUAGAGCUGGUGAUGUUUAUGGGUCCCAUCUGGAUUGCUGUUGUUGUUGGGGUAUUGGUGGGAUGGGCAUGGAAGCCCAAGUGGGCUAAGCUUGGCCCUGAUGAUGUUUCUGCCUCCUCUUCUUCUUCCGGUAUGCUCCUCCAGAACUUGUCAUCUGGGUUUGCUUCCCUCAAUACUCUCAAAUUCCAACUUCCCACCUGCAACAUUCCUUGGAUCAAGGAAACUCAGUCCCCGCCCACCGUUUCAUGUUCGAGCUUCAGUUCAUCCGAGCUGGAAGGCGAGAAAUCAGUAGUAACAGAGGCAGACCUUCUUUACUUAGACGGAUUGGUUGAAGAAUCAAAUGGAGGACCCGCUUGGAUUCAGAUGAUGGACCGUUCUACCUCAAACAUGUCCUAUCAAGCUUGGCGUAGAGAUCCUGAGACUGGACCCCCGCAAUAUCGUAGCAGAACUAUAUAUGAGGAUGCCACUCCAGAAAUGGUGAGGGAUUUCUUCUGGGAUGAUGAAUUUCGGUUGAAGUGGGAUGACAUGCUUAUACAUGCUGAAACUUUGGAAGAGUGUCCUAACACUGGAACCAUGAUGGUUCAGUGGGUGCGUAAGUUUCCCUUCUUUUGCAGUGAUAGAGAAUACAUUAUAGGCCGUCGAAUUUGGGAGUCAGGGCGAACUUACUAUUGCGUCACAAAGGGUGUACCAUGCUCCUCUGUGCCCCGUCGCAACAAACCAAGACGUGUUGAUCUCUACUAUUCAAGCUGGUGCAUUCGUGCAGCUGAAUCCAAGAGAGAUGGUCUGAUGACUGCAUGUGAAGUGUUACUCUUUCAUUAUGAAGACAUGGGUAUACCUUGGGAAAUUGCAAAACUCGGGGUUAGACAAGGUAUGUGGGGAGCUGUGAGGAAGAUUGAUCCUGGUUUACGUGCAUACCAGAAACAGAGAGCAUCCGAAGUCCCAAUUUCAAGAAGUGCAUUCCUGGCGCAGGUCAACACCAAAGUUGACAUUGAUAACCUCAGAUCACUGGGGAGCAGAGCCAUUCUGUCUGAGAUUGAGCCUGAGGAUUCAUACGAGAAGCCUGCGCGAAGGAACAUACCAAGGUUCCUAGUUAUUGGUGGGGCAGUUGCCCUUGCUUGUAGUCUUGAUCGCGGACUUCUGACAAAAGCGGUUAUAUUUGGAGUUGCUAGAAGGUUUGCAGGGAUUGGGAAAAGGUUGUGAAACUGCUCUAGUAUGUCAAAGGCAUUUAUAUACAUCAUCUGACCCAUAGGAGAACAUACUUUGCCAGCAAGGCAGCCGUUGUGAAGAGCUAUGCGAGCUAUAUCCUCCUCCACCGCGAAGAGCAUCGAGAGUUGUAUUCUGUUGUUUUCUGUCGAGCUGCAAUGCAGCCACUGUUCAGGAGAAUCCAGAUAAUAUACAUGUAUUCUUUGAAAAUUCUGGUUAUCACUGAAUAUCUCAUGCUGCAAAUAAAAAGCAGAGCUGAUUCUUUUUAUGGA